GUUCGAAAUGGUGUCAACAAAUACACAUAUUUUUGUCCAUGUAUUAGCUGCGAUAAGGAUAAGCAGAUCGAUAGCGGUCAUUCAGCUACUCUCCAGCGAAUUCUGUAUGGUAUAGUACCACUCUUAGACAAUGUGAACAGUACAGGAGACACUUGUUAACAACCUUCCAGUGAACUGUACAGGAGACACUUGUUAACAACUUUCCAGUGAACUGUACAGGAGACACUUGUAAACAACCUUCCAGUGAACUGUACAAGAGACACUUGUUAACAACCUUCCAGUGAACUGUACAGGAGACACUUGUUAACAACCUUCCAGUGAACGGUACAGGAGACACUUGUAAACAACCUUCCAGAGAACUGUACAGGAGCCACUUGUUAACAACCUUCCAGGGAACUGUACAGGAGACACUUGUAAACAACCUUCCAGAGAACUGUACAGGAGACACUUGUUAACAUCCUUUCAGUGAACUGUACAGGAGACACUUGUACACAACCUUCCAGUGAACUGUACAGGAGACACUUGUUAACAACCUUUCAGUGAACUGUACAGGAGACACUUGUAAACAACCUUCCAGUGAACUGUACAGGAGACAAAUGUAAACAACAAAAUCAUCAUACCAUUCAUUUUCUACUUGGAUGAUAAAUGCUUCAAAAAUUGGAAUGAUUUUGUACAAACAUUCUGCUGUGCCUUUAAUUUUGUAGUAUUUAUAAAACAACUUACACAAUAACUCUGGCAAAAUGGAGGAAACAAACAACGUUAAGUGUGAUGUUUGUGGUAGAAUGUUUCGUAAUAAAGAUAUCUUAAUACACCACCAAUAUACACAUACAGGAGAGAAGCCUUACAAGUGUGAUGUCUGUGGUAAGGGGUUUAGUCAACAAUCUACCCUUAAUAAGCACCUCAGGAAACAUACUGGUGUGACACCUUACACGUGUGAUGUCUGUGGUAAGGGAUUUAAUCAAAUUUCUACCCUCAAUAUACACUUCAGGGUCCAUACAGGAGAGAAGCCUUACAAGUGCGACGUCUGUGAUAAAGGAUACAGUCAUUCAUCAAACCUUCAGGAACAUAUAAAAAUUCAUACUGGAGAAAACUCUUACAAGUGUGAUGUCUGUGGAAAGGUAUUUACUAAUCAAUUUAAACUAAAGACACACUCUAGAACACACUCGGGAGAGAAGCCUUUCAAGUGUGAUGUCUGUGGAAACCGUUUUAGUCAAUCACCUGACCUACAGAGACAUUUAAGGACACAUACAGGAGAGAAGUCCUACAAAUGCGAUACUUGUGGUAAGGAAUUUAUUCAUCAAUGUAACCUACAGAAUCAUUUCCGGAUGCAUACAGGAGAGAAACCCUUCAAGUGUGAUGUCUGUGGUAAGAAGUUUGGUCAAUCACCUUACCUGCAGAAACACAUUAAAACACAUACAAAAGUAAAGCAUUACCAGUGCGAUGUCUGUGGUGAGGGAUUUAGUCAGGCCCCUCGCCUGCAGGCACAUAUCAGGACACAUACAGGAGAAAAGCCCUACAAGUGUGAUGUCUGUGGUAAGGAUUUCCAUCAUCCAUCUUAUCUACAAAGACAUUUCAGGACGCAUACAGGAGAGAAGCCCUACAAGUGUGAUAUCUGCGAUAAGAAAUUUAGUCAAUCACCAGAUUUGCAGAUACAUUUCAGGAUACAUACAGGAGAGAAGCCAUACAAGUGUGAUAUCUGUGGUAAGGGGUUUAGUCGAUCUAACGUGCUACAGAUACAUAGCAGAAUACAUACUGGAGAGAAGCCAUACAAGUGCGAUGUCUGUGGUAAGGGGUUUAGUCGAUCUCACGUGCUACAGAAACAUAUCAGGAUACAUACAGGAGACAAACCUUACACGUGUGAUGUCUGUGGGAAGGGAGUUCAUCAUCCAUCUGGUCUACAGAGACAUAUCAGGACACAUACAGGAGAGAAGCCUUACAAGUGUGAUGUCUGUGGUAAAGGGUUUACUCAAUCACAUGACCUACAGAGACAUAUCAGGACACAUACAGGAGAAAAACCAUACAAGUGUGAUGUCUGUGGUAAACAAUUUAGUGAAUCAUCUACACUUCGGAAACAUGCUAGGGUACAUAUAGGAGAGAAACAUUACAAGGGUGAAGUUACGUACGGGGUUUAGUUUGACAUCUAACCAGCAGGCACAUAUUAGGACACCAAGAAUACCCACAGGUACAUGUACUAGCCUCAUCUGUUAAUACACCUUUGAUAUAAACCUUGACAGUUGAGGCUAGUAUCUGUAGAAAACCCACAAGUAUAUGUACUAGCCUCAUCUGUUAAUACACCUUUGAUAUAAACCUUGACAGUUGAAUACCCACAAGUAUAUAUGUACUAGCCUCAUCUGUUAAUACACCUUUGAUAUAAACCUUGACAGUUGAAUACCCACAAGUAUAUAUGUAGUAGCCUCAUCUGUUAAUACACCUUUGAUAUAAAGCUUGACAGUUGAGGCUAGUAUCUGUAGAUAACCCACAAGUAUAUGUACUAGCCUCAUCUGUUAAAACACUUUUAAUAUAAACCUUGACAGUCGAAGCUAGCACCUGUGGAAAUAACCAUUUAAUUUUAAUUUCAAUGGUAAUGGUAAGAUGCAAAUGACACACAUGCCUCGAGAGGAGCCUUUCACGUGUUGUCUGUGGUAGGGAAGGCAUAUAAUAUAACCUUCAGAAACAUUUCAGGAUUUCUAAGUCUUUGCUAAGAAACUUCAUGAUAAUUUCUGACCUACAGAGACAUUUCAGUAUACCUCCCGGAGAGUAGCCUUGUGAUGUUUGUGGUAAGGAUUUUAGUCGCUCACUGAUGAUUGACUAAAGAAACAUUCCAAGACACACUGAUUGUGAUGUCUGUAGUAAAUGAUUUUCUCUCGCACUACGAUUCACACAAGAACAUCUACAAGUGUGACGGCUGUGGUAGGAGAUUUGUAAUAAACAUUACAAAUCAAAUUUCUUACCUUUCACAUUUUAGGUCAGACACCUAAGACAAUCUUUACAAGUGUCAGUGUUGAGGAAUAUAACUGGAUAAUUUACACUGACAUAUCGGGACAAGUAACGAGAUCAAACUAGUAUACGAUUGUAAUGUCGACUGGCAGGAGUCGGUGUUUCAAUAAUUUACAGGAGACAUGUUAAAUAUGUGAUGACUGCGAUUUUACUCCAUCCUUCAAUCUACAGACACAUCUGGAGAACCAAAGUGGAGACAGUCGUUACAAAUAUCGAUAGGAAGGACUCAAAUGAAGCUAUAUUUACAGUAAUUUCUAAAGUAAGUAAGCAACUAGGAGAGAAUCCCCACUGAAGUAUAUCAGAAUACACAAUGCCAUACAGGAAAGAAACCUGGCAAUUGUUGAUGUCUGUAGUUAGGAUAUGUUUGUGUGAUUCGUCUAAUUCAGGAAGAUGUCUAAAAAGACAUUGUGAUAAUUAUAGGACUAUGAAUUAGUAAGGUUGAUAUUUUGACUACUUUUUAACGCACAAAUGGUUUAGUACGUAAACACUUUAAUGAUUCUCUGAAAUAUGUCUGCAGUCCAAAAUAUUAAACAAAACAAUGACAUCACAUUUGAUGAUCCUUACAAAUGUGAUGCCAUUGUUUUGGUUAAUAUUUUGAACUGCAGACAUAUUUGAGGACAUCAGAAAAUUAUUAAAGUGUAAUAAACCAUUACUGUGUUAAAAGGUGGCAAAAUAUCAAACUCACUAAUUCAUUGCAAAAGAGUUAGAACAAAAUGUUGACAAUGAUUUAAUUGUUUUGUAAUUCAAACCUCAUCAACUCUCGUCGCCAAAAAAAUGAAAAUAAAAUAAAAUAAAGCAAAUC